AGCCACCAACAAUGUCAAAUCGACUCGAGGAAAUCCCCGUAGAAAGUUGGCCAGAAUUGCGCGAUUUGUAUCGUCAAAAUUGGCCCGAACACGUGUUCGCCUUCGGUACAAUAAGCAACUAUUUAAACUGGAAGCAAUCGCAGCACCGUGAUUCACUGGAAGUGCAAAUCGUGUCCCUCAAUGGAACGUGGAGGGAGAACGGAACAUUUCUACUCUUUGAUCAUUUUGAAAUUUACUUCUACUCAUUCGAAACAACCACCGGCUACUCUUCACUAAUGGAAGCGCUGCUUUUGGUUGAUUGGGGUAAAUACCGCGAAGUCAGUAUGGAUUUCGUUGAGAAGCAUCUAAAUGCACUGGAUAAAGCUAUUUCCAUCAAAGGACUGCCAGUCGUGAAUGAUGAACUAACCAACUUUUACCACAUUCGGAAAGAGGACGCAUCAACGGUGGAGGUGGAUUUGCCUCAUGGAUAUAGCCUAAGUCGACUAUCAAUCGAUCAUCUCGAUUAUGUUUACCGUCUGUGGCCACUGAAAGAUAGCAUCAGUAAAACCUCAGGCUAUAAUCUUCUGAAACGACUAAUUUUGCUGAACGAGAGUGUUGGUCUUUUCGAUGAAAACGGUAAGCUGCAAUCCUGGUGUUUACGUGAUCAAACCGGUGCCUUUUCUGAUUUGCAAACAUGCGAAGAACAUCUGCGGAAGGGAUUUGCACGGAUUGUGAUUCGGGAAUUUGUUCGUCGGUUGGCAUCUAUGGGAGAUGAUUCGUAUGCUUUCGUUCUUCAGAGCAACUACAACUCCUGUCGGCUGUUUGAAUCGAUUGGGUUUCGGAAAAUCACUCAUCUGCACUGGGUUGUCAUCCGGAAUAAGUAGAUGUAUAAAGCGAAU